AUGACCAUUGGAUGUUGGAAGCAGAAACUCGAAUAUACGGUAAAUGCAAAGGAAGAUGUCUCUUCCAUUCUGUUCUGUCGAGAUGGUAAUUCGGUCCUUUGGACAAAAGGACGAUCAAUCUAUCAUCAACGGUUGGCCGCUCAAUCGCCAACAGAAUGGACAUUUUCAUUCGAGGAAUGCAUAACCGCUACAGCGUUUUCUCCUGGGUUCUUGCAGUUUGUGCUCACUGACAUUCAAGGAAAGGUCUACUUGUGGGACAGUGACACCAACGCCCUCGACCAAGUUGGCAAACGCAUACUAAACAUCCACCCGGGAAUUUGGCACAGCUUAUUCCCAUCAAUCUAUCUUGGAAUAGCCUCUCCAGUCCUGCUCAAUGUAGCACAGGAACAAAAUCACUGGCACGAAGUCUAUCGAGAAUUCUCGAAGUAUUUGAUGCUCGUUGCUAUAUGCCCCUUCAUCGUGACGGUAGUGUUGGGUGUGCGUGUCUACAUGGGCGACAGAUCCACAAGAAGGAGACAGGCUGAUGAAGGAAUAUUGGCACUAUUGCGUGAUUCAGAGUGGGCUGAAACAAUAUUCGGUGGUGACACAGGUUACUCGAAAGGACAUCCUAAUGCCAUUUCUUAUAUAAAGCUUGCGCCGGACGGUCGAACGGUCGCCACUUCCUCCAGUUUUGCGAUUCAUCUAUACGACUUAUCCACUCGAAGCCGAAAAUUCGAACUUCAGUUUAGGGAUCAUCCCAAGGCACCAUCUGCUGGAGAGCUCUCAUGGCUUUCCGAUGGAAGGAUCUCUAGUCUUGCGCAUUUUGGGGCCGCAAUGUUUCUAGAUAUCAACACAAGGGCUUGCACAAAAUACUUCCAAUGUGUUGAAUUAUGUUGGCGGCACAGCGAAUUUUCAAUUGAUGGUCGGCUUAUGUUGCUGAUACCCGCGGGUUUCACAAUGGAGCUCUGGAACACCGUGACGAUGUCACAAAUUUCGACAAUUGAGCAUCAAUAUGUGGUAGAGAAGGCUUCGUUUGCACCGGGAAGUGAGACACUGGCCUACGCAUCUGGUGGUUUCUUUUGUCUUUGGGACAUUCCCUCCUGCGCCCUCAUAUACACUGAUGGUACGGAAGGUGUCGACGGCUUUGUCUGGUCGUCGAAUAGUCUUUCUUUGGCUGUGACCUACCAAAACGGCCGAGUGCGUGUUUUUGACGUGACCCAACUGACUUGGAAACAUACAUUUGAAGUUGAAGUCGCAAAAACUCGGCUGAUUUCAUUCUCACCGGAUGGCCAGAUCAUUGCACUGGGAUCAGCUAGCGGAUCAGUCUCUUUCAGGGACACCGAAUUCGGCAUUUGUCAAUCAACAUUAGAGCUUGGGAGCCCUUUGAAGUAUCUUUUGUACUCCGAAGAUGGGAAAUUCCUCGAAACCAAUCAAGGAAGAAUGGAGAUCGACUCCCGAGACCCAGAGCUUCAACAACAGGCUAGAACGUUUGCAGACAAGGUGUCUCUGGGCGAUAGCUGGAUUUCAUGUGACGACCAAAAGCUUGUAUGGCUUCCUCCAGACUACCGAUCUGAAGUUUGGGAGAUUUGCGGUUCCACAAUUGUGAUGGGGCAACACACAGGACGCAUAGUAUUUCUAGAGCUUAGAAUAUAA